GUGAUGUCGCCCCAAGAGCUUGUGGCCUGCCUCUGCCAGGAGGGAGACCGGCACCUGGCCCUGGGAGAGCCCGCGCUGGCCACCGCCUUCUACCUGGCUGCCUUCAGCUGUCACGCCCCCUCGGCCGUGCAGAGCGUCCGCGCUGCCCUGGCGGAGGCGCGGGGGGCGCCCGUGGUGGCCACGCUCGAGGCCUGGUGCCGGGGCGACAGCCAGAUCCCACCCAUCCACUGGGACGGCAUGGCGGUCGUCUCGCUCACGGGGACCCUGGCCUCUGCUUUCCUGGCCGCCCUCCGCCCGGACCACCCGGCCGCGGUCCUGCACUCCCUGGCCGGGCUGCUGGCGCGCGGGCGCCACGAGGAGGUGGUCGGGCGCUGCGGCGCCCUGCUGGGCACUCACGGGCAGCAAGCGCUGGAGCUGCAUCUGACCCGCGCCCUGGCCCGCGUCCUGUCCGGGCGGUGGGUGGGCGCGGGCGUGGCCGACUAUCUACAGGCCUUUGCCUCGAGCGAAGACCGGACCGUGGCCUUUGUCCGGACCCACCAGCGUCCCUACCUCCCCGUGCUGAUCAGCACCCUCCAGGCCUACGUGUCAGGGCGCCAGGAGGCGGAGGGCGGCCCCGGCCGGCAGGAGACCCACUGCCAGGGACUCCUGGAGGCCCUGGACCCCGGGGGCGCCUGGAGCCACGCCCUGUCCCCGGAGGCCCUGCUCCGCAGCGGCAGGUAUGAGGACUGCCGGGCAGCGUGCAGCCGGGCCCUGGAGCCUGACCUGGCGGGCAGCGGACCCCAAGGUGAGCGUCUGGCUGCGCUGCUGGUCACGCGCGCGGCCGCGGCCUUGUUCCUGGACGGCGGGGCCGCGGACCUGCUGCGGGACCUCCACGAGGCCUUCCGCCGGAGCCCCUCGGGCGCCCGGACGCAGCUGCGGGCCGUGCUCUCCGCCGGGGACCGAGAGCGCGUGCGGGCGCGGGCGCGGGAGGCGGCGGACACCGGCUUCGCCCGCUUCCGGGAGGCCGUGCGGAGCCGCGCCGCGCUGCGCGAGAACUCGGGGCGCGAGCUGCUGGCCCCGGUGGCCCGCGCGCUCCGCGUCCUGCUGCGCAUCGCGCCGCCCGGGGCGCGCCCGGCCCUGGGCGCCCGCUUGGCCGAGUGCCUCCUGCUGGCGGGGGACGCGGCGGGCUCCCGGGCGCUGUGCGAGCGCCUGCUGCGGCCUGCGCGCCCCGGCGACCGCGAGGACCCCGGCGACCGCGAGGACCCCCGCCCCGGGCACCGCGAGGACCCCGGCGACCGCGAGGACCCCCGCGCCGGCGACCGCGCGCCCCUGUUGGCGCUGCGCGGCUUCUGCGCGCUGCACGCCGGCGACGCGCGGCGCGCCCGGGAGGACUUCCAGGAGGUGGUGGAGCACGGCACGCCGCACCUGCGCAGCUGCGUGCGCGCGCUGUGCGGCCGAGGGCUGCUGCGGGUGCUGACGGGAAGCGGGUUCCUGGGCACCCUGGACUACGUCACAGCCACCCGGCUGCAGCCCGAGGAGGCCCUGCUCGUCGCCAAGGCCUUCGUGCCCCGGAACCGGCGGGGCCUGCUGCUGACCGUGCUGCGGGAGGAGGGCCGCAAGAUGCUGCAGCGGGGGCCGCACCCGGGCCUCGCGGGCGCACCGGGCUGCCGGAGUCGGGCCGCCGGGCCGGACGGCCCCGCCGCGCAGGAAGGGGAUGCCCACGGCGUGCACCAGCUGGCCAUGCUCCUGAUGGAGCUGGACAGGGAAGACGAGGCGUCGGGCCUCCUGGGGGCUGACGCCCUGUACCGCCUGGGCCGCCUGGACGACGCCCACACGGCUCUGCUGGUGGCCCUCUCCCGGAGGCCCUGGGCGGCCCCCGUGCUGGCGAGACUGGCCCUGCUGCAGCUGAGGAGAGGGCUCUUCCAUGACGCGCACCAGCUGGUGAAGAAGGUGGUGCAGUCGGGGGACACGGCCUGCCUCCAACCCACCCUGGACGUCUUCAGCCCCGAGGACCGGCAGCUGCUGCGGGACCAUUGCCACGCUCAGGCCCUGGCCAUCCUGCGGGCUCGGCCCAGCGGGGCGCAGGGCGACGCCCACACCAGGGAGGCCAUCGCCUACCUCUCUCUGGCCAUCUUCGCUGCGGGGAGUCAAGAGGUUGAGUCCCUGCUCACCCGGGCCCGCUGUUACGGGCUCCUGGGCCAGAAGAAGACCGCCAUGUUUGAUUUCAACUCAGUGCUGCGGGCUGAGCCGAAGAACGUGCAGGCGCUGUGCGGUCGGGCACUUCUGCAGCUGGCCCUGGGCCGGCAGAAGGAGGCUGUGGACGACAUUCUCACGGCUCUGAAGCUUGACCCGAGCACAGUGGUCCCUGAGAUCCGCUCUCUGAAGCCGGAGGCCCAGGCCCUCAUCACCCGGGGCCUCUCCUCCCGCUGCCGGGCCCUCCUGAGCCAGGAGCCGGACGCCAGGGCCCCCCUCAGCGACGAGGACGCCCGGGGCCUCAUGGCGGCCGGGGAGGCGCUGAUCGAAAUCGAUGGCGGGCAGCUGAGCUGGUACCUCCUGCUGGCGGACGUGCUCACGGCAGCGGGCAGCUGGGAGGAGGCAGGCGCCUGCCUGCAAAAGGCCCCGCUCGCCAGCCCCGCGUCGGCGGCAGUGAGAGCCCGGUGGGGGCUGCUCCGGCUCAAGCAGGGACACGCGGCGGCGGCUGCGCGGGACCUCCGGCGCCUGGCAGAGACCGACGCCCAGGAACUCGGCUUCCUGCUGCAGCUCCUGGAGGCGCCGGAGCGGCAGAGCCUCGGCCAGGCUGCAGCCCGGGAAGCCCAGGCCCUCCUGAACGCAGGGCAGCCCCGGCAAGCGCUGGGCUACUGCUCGCUGGCCGUCCUCGCAGGCGGCAGCGACGCCCAGCACCUGCGCCUGAGGGCCGCCUGUCUGGCUGAGCUGCAGCAGUUCGAGCGGGCACUUGAGGACCUGGACCUGGUGCUCCGGGAGGACGUGGCCGACGGUGACGUCCCGAUGCGGGCAGAGGAUCUGUGCUCCCGAGGCCGCCUGCUGCUGAGCCUGGGGGAUGAGGCCAGGGCCACAGGCGCCUUCAGCCGGGCCCUCAAGCUGGCGCCCACCCUGGCCCGGAGCAGCCUGUGGGAGCGGCCGGGCCGGGCCCCCACCGCCCAAGUAUUCCUGCGUCGCGGCCAGUCCUGUCUGGAGGAGCAGCGCCACGCGGAGGCCUGGACGGCGGCGGAGAAUGGCCUCCUGGUCGACCCGGAGCACAGCGGCCUGAAGAGGCUGAAGGCGAGGGUCCGGAGGGAGGCGUCCUUGGGCUGCCGGCUCCACUGAGCCAGUGCUCUCCAGGCCCCGGGCCCGGGCCACCCUGUCGUCCCCCCUCCCCGACGGGCUCCCACUCGUUGAUGUGCGUCAGACUCAGCAGAGAAGUGACAUUGCGGAGUCACCACGUUUCAGGUUACCGAGAAGAUGUUCGCGAUACGGAUAGUGUUACCGCAUCGCAAGAUGACACAGCUGGAAGUGAAUUUUUUAAAGUUCCCUGCAUGUGAAACAGCUCUUGGGUCACAGAGAUCAAAUCUGAAAUUAAAAAAAUAUUGAAAAACUAAUCCUGACAAAACGUGUGCAGAGAAGCAGCUGCCAGAUGUAGUCUGAGCAGUGCCCAGAGGGAAGGGCAGAGCCCCCAGUGGUACCUGGGGGGAGGGCAGACCCCCCAGUGGUGCCCGGGGGGAGGGCAGGCCCCAAGGAGAUUACUAAGC